AAGGUCUACUGUAGAGUACUGGAGGUCUGCUGCUGUACGUACCAUCUGGACGCCUAAAUGCUCCCAGAUGUCUUCUUUGUAAUUAGAGCCAGACCCGGCUCAGCCUCGUCCAGCCCAGAUCCAACCUCUUAUUUACCAGCAAACUCCAUGAGUACUUAAGGAGCUUUCCAACUUUUAGCAGGUCUCCAGAGGUACAUCUUUAGUGCAACAGCGAUCAUAAACGAAGAAAACAAGAGCACCUAAGRCAUCCAUAAUGUCUAUAGCCCAAGCAGCAGCCAAGGCCAUGCUAUCUGAUGCCCUGCUGCAGGACAGCUCUGGCAUUAAUAGGAUCAACCACCUGGAACUGGAGCUUCCUUUAGACAAGGUCAUCAAGUAUGUCUCUGUUGGCCUCCCACUCUUGCUGGUGUGCAUGGGUUUUGCUCGUGAGAUCUCCCUGGGGCCCCAAAUCAGCUGUUUCCCUCCCAGCAACUUCACAGUUAAACAGGCCGACUAUGUAGACACGUACUGCUGGGACUCUCUCAUGCAUCAUGAGUUUGAUAAUGACGGGAACUUUGAGGAGCGCUCGCUCUGGGUACACAAAAUGUUUCCUUACUCUCUCCUGGCCAUGGCGGUCCUGAUGUACCUGCCAGCUCUAAUCUGGCGCCUGCUCGUCAGCCCUACUCUGUGCUCAGACCUGCUCUUCAUAACUGAUGAACUGGACAAGUCCUACAACCGCUCAGUUCGACUGGCUCAAAACAUUCUGGACAUGCGUCAGAACACCAAGAACCCGCUAACAUUUCAGGCUGAGCUUCAAAGGGCCAAAAGAAACCGAUACUUCGAAUAUCCUCUUCUGGAGAGAUACAUGGAGUGCAAACAAAAGUCUUAUUUCCUCGUUAGCAUGCUUUUUUUGAGAGGCUUCCUUCUCCUGACCUUCAUGACCUCUGCCUGCCUCUACCUGGCAUACUUCCACCUUUCGGCCUUCCUGCAGGAUGAGUUCAGUUGCUUUGUCCGAACAGGUAUGCUGCGGGACCAGGGCUGGGUUCCAGAGCUUGUUCAGUGCAAGAUCAUUGGGCAGUUGGUGUUCCAGGUGAUAAGUGUGGUAAACGGCACCAUCUAUAUCCUGUUGGGACCCAUUGUCCUCUUCAGCCUUAUUCGACUCUUUGUUUGGGACACUUCUUUCAUCUCAGUCUAUGGGGUUCUUCCAGCUCUGGAUCUCAUCAACCGUCAAAGGCUUGGAUGUCCACUGAAUGACCUCAAUGUUCUCCUACUAUUUUUGCGUGCUAACGUGGCCCACUUGAAGUCCUAUGGUCAAAUGAGGGCUUUGUGUUCUCUCGCACCACCACACGUGGGCAACACCACAGCACGGCAAAGCUUGAAUGCAAUGCUGACACAAGAAGAAAUGGAGGAGCGUGAAGAGGCUGCACUAGAGCUUGCCGAGGAAAUUGGAGAAGCGAAGGAGGAAGGGAAGUUCAAUUUGGUGGAUAUCAUGACUAUUCUGGGAGCAGCUCAGGGACGAGUGGCGAACUGCARUAAGAAGACACCUCUCAUGGAGGAAAAUAUGAGUCUGGGUACCACAACAUUUAUUUACACACUCAAACGCAUUCUUCUAGUGGCUAUUUUUAUCUUCAUCAUUUGGGAUGUACAGAAAAUCAUAAAAUAAUUUCCAAAWAAGUGAUGCUACUUCAUUGCUUUCAUGCUUUUCAUUAUAAGUACCGUUAGAUGAGCACCUCAAAUACAAAAGGGCAUUAGAUUUAGUUGGACUUGUGAAACUGAGGAAAACUGAGGAAUAUGUCUAAAUGAAAAAGAAAAACUUUGUUGUUUAGGGCUGUGUUGAUUUCAAAACUGAAAGUCCUAUACUCUAAAAUAGUCUGAAAUUUCUGGCUCAAGUAGAAGAGAUGGAUUUUUGGUUUUUCUUUUCCCUAACUGACCUCUCUGUCUCUUCACAGAGCCAAACCACCAGGGGUACCAUGAGUUGAAGGAGACUGCACCAUUGAGUCAUUACUAGACCUUCAAGGGACUGAAUCAGUGUACUAGCAAAGAGGAAUAGAGGGUUGAGAAGGUUAGGGGUAGUGAGGGGUUGUCAUUAAUUAGGCCUCUGUGGUCUGACAACAAAAAAAGCCUCUUUUUAGAAUUACAGGGCAGAUUUUUCUGACGAAUUGUCAAUGAAUAUCGAUUUGUCAGUUUUUAGCUGUUGGACAUGCCACAGAUCUGUCUUCUGUUUUUUUCUAUAACCGUGUGUAUUUUAAAUAUGAAGACAAUCAAAUCUCAAUGUUUGUUUGUUUCUGCUGGUUGUUGUUGUUUUGUUUGUUUUUUUAUUACUGUAACAUAAUUUGUCUGUAUGACAUUUUUACAUUAAAAAACAWUUUUUUACCUAGUUUGUACCUAAUGUCACAAGCCAAAGUCUGUUCAUUGACAGACAUGAAUUUAGUUUCAGCAACAGACAGUUGCUGACAGUAUGAUGAGGCAGCACUUUUGAAUAUAUCCUAGCUAUAUAAUUGCUUGUUUCUUGCUAUUUUCUUUACCAGUAUCUAAUACUGCAGUAUACCAUGAAAAAAAUAGCCCUUUGUUUUUAACCUAACAGAAAAAAUUUCAUGAUCUUUAGUGAGUGUCAGAAUGCAGCUGAGAAUGAUUGUGGGUGAACCUUGUAGUACUGUAGAGAAAACGUAUUGCUAAUGUAUAGGGUGAGGUUGAGCAGGAAUGCAAUUAAAGAUGGUAAAACAUUSAUAUUGCAGCAUCAYGACACAAAUCAAUUAAUGAAGUUAUCAGUCUGAACUCAGUUUUCCUGAMUGAACAGUAUACAACUGUUUGUCUUCUCUUGAGGACGUUGUWAUUAUUCUAAACUAAAGACAGCAAAGUAUCUGACCAUUUGUACCAACAAUGUAAAGCUGAAAUUGAAUUGUUAUGGAACCUGGGGUAAAAAUCAGCAUUUGCACAUCUAUAAAAUGUAAAAAGGUCCUGACAUCUGGAACUAUUUGGCACUGUGAUGAGAACUGAACUGCUUGUAAAUAUGUCACUUGUUCAUUCUUUAAGUGAAAUAUGAACAUUUAUGUUAUGUAUUUCUAAAUUAAUAAAUCAUUUUAUUUACCA